GUGCAUCGUGCAGCUGCUGUCCUUUCCUAAGAACAUGGCUGCGAUUUUAAAGAAUUUCGGUCACGUUUUCAUUUGUGGACCAUAAUUACUCCUUGGAUUCUUUCUGGAUAGGUGUUAGGAGUUUUACCCCAUCGUUUGGGGGCAGCAUGCUGCUCUCAAAAUUGGGCGCUUUUUCUCCCAUCUCGACCAGCAUGGAUUUACCGGCGAAGCUCCAGCUGCAGCAGCAAGCCAAAAUGGAGAGGCUACCGUUUGAAAAGCAGUACCGGCUUGGUGCGGUGCUGGGCAGUGGAGGCUUCGGCACCGUGUACUCUGCUGUUCGUGUGACCGAUGGUUUACCGGUGGCUGUGAAGCAUGUAUGUAGAGACAGAGUAACCGAGUGGGCCACUCUGGCCAGCGGCAUGGUUCCUCUGGAAAUCGUCCUGCUAGAGAAGGUGGGUGGUGGUUUUGGGGGCGUGGUGCAGCUGUUGGACUGGUGGGAGCGGCCGGACGGUUGGCUGCUGGUGAUGGAGCGUCCUGAGCCGGCUCAGGACCUCUUUGACUACAUCACAGAGAGGGGAACACUGGAGGAGGACGUGGCUCGAGGGUUCUUCCUGCAAGUUUUAAAAGCCGUGGAGCACUGUUUCAGCUGUGGAGUCGUUCACAGAGACAUAAAGGAUGAGAACCUCCUUGUGGAUUUAAGGACUGGAACACUCAAACUGAUAGACUUUGGCUCUGGGGCAUUUCUAAAGGACUCUGCCUACACUGACUUUGAUGGCACUCGUGUGUACAGCCCUCCAGAGUGGAUCCGACUGAAGUGCUACCACGGCCCCUCUGCCACAGUGUGGUCUUUGGGGGUGCUUCUAUACGACAUGGUGUGCGGGGAUGUCCCAUUCGAACAGGAUGAGGAGAUCCUCAGGGGCCUUGUCAUUUUCAGAGGACAGGUGUCACAGGAAUGCCAGCAGCUGAUUGGUUGGUGUUUGAGUCUACAGCCUACAGAAAGACCAACUCUAGAGCAAAUCCUGGUUCACCCCUGGAUUACAGGCACAAAGUCCCACCAAACAGAAAGAUGUGAAAUUACACUCCACUCUCUCACAGACCCCUCUACCUCUCCUUCAUCUACCUCAUCUAGCCAGGACAGCGUCUGAUUGGGCAUCAUUUAAUAAAUGCACAAAUGCUUAUUCCAAUGUGCCUUUACUUUCAAACCAUUAAACAGUGGUGAAAUUAUUUUGAAGAACAAUGAGUACUGUUUUUGAAAUGUUUUGUAACUUCAUGUCAAAAGCACAUAUGCAAUGCAAACAUAUUUUUUUAACAAUGACCUUUUGUUAUUUUUUUAUUUGUAUAUUUUGGUACAUUUUCUUUAUUUAUUAAGUGUGCAAUUAUUCAUUUUGUUGUAAAUUUAUUUUCAGUCAGAAUUUUUGUUUACUCUAAAGCUGAAAAUAAAUAAUGUUUAGGAAUUAAUAUUGCCUGUUGUCUCCUAGUUUGAUAAAUAUAGAAGUUCUGGUGACUAUUUUCAUGAAAUUAUUUUUAACAUUCUGUAUAAAAUAUAAAUACAAUCAACGUCUGAUGGGUCCCUUA